ACCAAGGCGGCGGGCAGCGGCCGUGCCGGAGCCGGAGCCCGAGCGCGGCGGAGCGGAGCGCGGAGAGCCCUGAGCCGGGCGCUGCCGCUCCCAUCACCAACCUCCUCCACACCGCUCUCGGGGUCCCCCCGCGGAGGCGGCGGCCGCGGCAGGAUGGAAGAGAGACCAUUCUGAAAAACUCUUCCCUUGGGGACUUUGCUGUUGUCUGCUAGAAUGUUCCUUAUGAAUGCUUCUCCUCUGGUAGCUCUUCAGACAAAAUGGGAGUCCUUUGGACCAGCAAGGAAUUGUAGAUACCCCGUUUGCUUCUCUGAAUCUGAAGGGGACAUCUCAAGAACCUCUGUAAGUGCCAAAGUUCAGAUGGUCAUAAACAACCUGCAGAGCCAAGAGUCUCCCCUGGGCAUGAACAAUGACUAUGAUUGUGUUAUGCAGAAGAAGCAAAAGGGAGAAAAAGGCAACAGAGUCACAUCUAGCACCACAUUGCUACGGAAGCAUCCCCAGUACACCAAGUGUGGUUGUCCUGGUGAUUCAGAUGACACUGAAGUGGAAGAGAAUGUGGGGUUUGGGACUCUUUUGCUUGAUUCUGAUAGCGACGAUUCUGUUGACCGGGAUAUAGAGGAAGCCAUCCAGGAGUACCUGAAAGCAAAAAGCAAAAGUGACCAAUCCCUGCAAAAGACUGCAGAGUGUUCUGAAAAUGUAAGGAGACACAAAAGGUUUAAGAGAGAAUUCUCCCGGAACAAAAUGGCAAGUAAUCUUCUCCCAGUGAAAUUUAAAGCUGAGAUGCUCUCUGAAGAGUACCUGUCUGACCACCUGGGGAUUGGCAAAAGGCUGCAGCCUGCUUCCCCUCAGAGCAUCAGCAGUGAUGACUCUUUUGAACAGAGCAUACAAGCUGAAAUCGUGCAGUUCUUGAAUGAGAAAAAGAAGCAAGAAAUCAGUAAAUGUGUGAUGGGGAAGGACAAAAAAGAUUCCCAUGUGAGAGCUGUCCUAAAAUGCAACAAAGAAACAGCGAGCAAACCAAACUGUGGUGCUGUGAAGCAAGGGUGUGAUGCACUUCUCUUGAGACACCAUCCCAAGCUGCAGAAAACCAGCACACAGUCCAAGUGUUUGCAGUCUAAAAUCCAAGAUGAGGAGAGUGAUUUCAGCCAGGUGAACCAAGCCUAUCUAGAAAUGGCCACUGCCAGCCAGCCCUGGUUAAUGGAGCAAAAUGAAGGAAGUGGAGUUAAUUACUGGGAGAGGAGGGGAGAGCUUAGGAGUGAGAGCAUGCCCGUGUCUGACUCGAGUAGUGAUGAUGGGAUUGAAGAAGCCAUUCAGCUCUAUCAGCUGGAGAAAAUUAGGAAAGAGGAAAGUCACAUGAGAAACUGUGACCCUUUGCAGAGGGAACAGUUUGAUGCAAAGGGUAUGGCAGAUAUUUCUGCCAGCCUGACAAUUAGCUCGACAAAAUGUGCCUCCCCAGAAACCCAUAAAAGCCCCGUAAGCAACAAGAGAAAAGAAAUGAACUCAAAGCCAACAGAAUUAGAAAGCACCAGCAGUGAGUUCAAGAAGCUGUUUAAACCACUGAAAAAACCUCGACACUUUGCACCUCCAGAAAACAAGAUUGCUACUUGUGAGCUCACGUUGCAGGCCUCUUGCAGAGCAGACACAUCUGCAGAACUCAUGUGUGCAGAAGCUAUCCUUGAUAUUUCCAAAACAAUCAUGCCAUCCCAAAUGGGAAGUGACAACAAAUCACUUGCUGCAGACUCCUUCUUUUCUCCCCAGCUUCUCUCGUCCUCCCGUUGUGAAAGUGACAGCAGCCUUGUGGACAGUGAUGAUAGCAUAGAGCAAGAAAUCAGGGCGUUUUUGGCUCUGAAAGCACAGUCUGAAAGCCUUGGAACAAAGCCUUCCAGCCUGGCACACUCAAUCCAGAUGCCUUUGCCUUCUGAGCAGAACAGCCUCACUGGUACCAUGGAGCCUUCACUUCCCAAAACACUGAAGCUAUCGCUGAGCCGUAAAAGGAGACUUAAAAAGGAAGACAGAGUGGUGAAACCAGGUGCAUCAAAACCACCUGAACAGCUGGAGACAGGAUUGUUCCAGCCAGGUAACUACUCAAAAUUUCCUGUACUCCAAGAGACACCUGCCCUGGGCAGCCCCACGGAACACUGUGAUGCUCCAAGACUCAGCAGCAAAGAGCCUCGGCAGCAGCAGCUGAUGUCUUCUGAAUUACCUGGAUCUGUUGGCAGAUGUGUGACCCUGGACUCUGCAAACCCUUUCAUGCAGGUUCAGAGCAGUGCAAGAAAGCUGCUGAAAAAUACCAGCCAGCCUCCAGAGAGGGAUGGUUCAGCUGAUGAGAGCAGUUCCCUGGAUAGUGAUGAGGACCUCGACAGCGCUAUCAAGGACCUGUUACGGUCUAAAAGAAAAUUAAAGAAGAAAUCCAAGGAGCAGAAAUCUCAGUGCAAGAAGAAGGUCAGGUUUAGUGAGAUGGAAUCUCAGCUGGCAGAUGAAUUUAGUAGCAUCCAGCAAAAUGAAUGGAAAUGUAAAAACCCCGUGUUACUAAAAAGCUGCCUCUCCAAACCUAGAAAAGCUGUGAAGGAAAACACAACGAGAAGUCCUUCAGGUCACAUAAAUGUCAAACUUAGCACUGAAAAACCAGAAACCAUGAAGAACUUGGAGUUUAACUUGCAGCUUAAAAAAGGAUGUAAGCCUAAGCCCAUUUCAAACCAGAAUAACCUGCGGGUAGCUAAAAAUAGCAAAUGCACUUUCCCAACUGCAUCAGAUGCUGAUGACAGCAGUUCAGUGGACAGUGAUGACAGCAUUGAACAAGAAAUUAGGAAGUUUUUGGCAGAAAAGGCUAAAGACUCUGCAAGCAGUUUGGAAGUACAAAAAGAUGAUGCAGCUCUGGAUCUACUGAAAGCAACCAAACAAACUGCCAGUAAAGGCAAAGCAAAGCAGCAGCUGGUUGAAAAUGAGAUUGAUCUCAUGCUAGGUCAGAGUAAAAAGACUGAGGUGUCUCAGCAGACUGAUGAGUUGAAGAACUCCCAGAGAAUGGAAGGGAAAAGUGCAAUGUUACAUGGGAGUGGGAAAUCUGCUUCCUCUGCAGAGCAUGUUCAUCUUCAUACUACUGCUCACUCAAAAGCUAAGCAAGGGGUGGUGGGGGUCAAAGGUGUUGCUGGUGGGGAGUUACCUGGAAACACAGCAGGGAAAAAGGGGACCCCAAAUACAGAGCCUGCAAGGAAAACACUUCUGCCAAACACCAGCAAAAAUGAAGGUUGUAAAGCACAGAAAGUAAUCAAUGCAAAGUCUAGGUCUAAAAGGAAGAACACAUUUCACUUAAAAAUUUCAAGUAAAUUUAUUGCAGGUCUAAAAUAUGCUCGGGACAGGAAGAAAUCCAUGCUCCUCAACAAAAGGCAGAAAGCAGAGUCCCUGCUUGCCCAGAGCAGUGCUUUAGGAACAGGGGGGGCUUCCCAGGACAGCGACUUUCCUAACCAGGGAGGAGAAGCCCCCUUACCAAAAAGUGAAUUUAGUGGGGAGUGUGUGACAGCAGUAAAUGAACAGACUUCUCAGGAGCUGGCUGUGGAAGUGUCAGGACCCCGUGUAGCAGAAACCUGUGAAGGACUGGAGGCUGCUCCUCUGCAUAUCAAAGAGGAAGCAGAGGACUGCAGGGAGGCUGCUGGAGCACAGUCCAGGCAGCCCUUGGAGGAGCAGAGUGUGGCAGCAGUAAAAGUGGAUGAGGUUUGCAGAGAAACCUUCAAAGCUGAGAACAGAGAGGUGUGGAUUGAGGAUGGAGGUAUGCAGAAAGGCCAGGGGGUAGAUUCAGAUCCCCCACAUGCUGAACACAGUGUGGGGAAAGCAGAUAAAGUUAGCAGGGACACAGCUCAGCUGAGUGUACGAGCACGGAGUGAGAGAGCUGAUAACCAGCAGGACAAGAGGCCAGGUCCCAGGUUAGGUUGCCCACUGCAGGAGCUAAAUGUGGCAGCUGUAGCAGUGGAUAAAAGCAGUGGAGGAGCUUGUACAGAUAACAGAGUGGCAAUGUGCAUUACAAAAGAAAAAGUUACCUGCCAGGACAGUGAGAGGCAGCAAGGAAGUCAGGUACCCAGCUCCAGUUUGGAAGGAAAAAUACCUGUUCUGCAGAAUAGUGAGACUGCUUGUGAAGUGGACCAAGGGCAGGAAGUUUCAGGCAAAAACUGUGCAAAAUGUACUGAUGUACCCCAGACUGAAAAGGUUUCAAAUAUGUAAGUACACUUUUUUUUUUUUUUUUUUACAGUAACACUCUUUUUAGAAAAUAACUAUCAUUGUAAUUACCUUGAUAAAACUUGAGGCAUGAAAGGAGAGACAGUGAGAGAUGCUGAGACCUGCAUAUCACAUGCACACUAAUGUGAAAAAUGCUUCUAUUUAACAGGGAUAUCAUGGAUAAACAUACAUAGUUUUUUGUAGAAUUUUGUAAAUUAUUUAAAGUGCUCUAAGGAAAUAUUUUUAUAAUGAUUUUUAGGGCUUGCAUUACUACAGGAUGCUGUAGUUGCUGUAGAUAAGAAGAUACAGGCUAAUGGCUCUAAAUUAUGAGGCCUCUAACCAUGUAUCAAGAGGAAACCUGUUUGUGCUCAGAAUAUAUUUGGCAAUCUGUGACGAGAUCUUAGGAAAACACAGCAUUUGCUAGCAAGGCUGUGCUUCUGAAGCAGAUUAUUUGGCAUCUGUUCCUAUUUGAGCUGCCUUAGGACAAUCCUGUGUGGUGGUUUUCUGCUGGGGUCUCAGUUCUUCCACCCCAAGGAUUGUUGGGUGAGUCCAGUGAGCAGAACUCCAGCAAAAUCAGCACAGCUGGAGGUGUGGAAAUCCCAUCCUUGAAGACAGAAAUGCAGGUGAAUGAAGUGGAUCUGUCUGUCUGCACGUGUAAAGCCACCUCUCUGAGGGUACCUUUUGGAUCCCAGAAACCUUCCACUGGCAGAUGACACAAAGCUCAAGUGCAGUUCAAGAGGAGUGAAGGAGCUUGUCCCUUCAGGCAGUGGCUGCCACGUUUGCUGUGGAUUUCACUGGAGUUAUGAACUGCUGGAUCUGCAAGGCUGAAACAAUCCCUCCUUACUCUGCAGUCUGAUGUUGAUGCCCUGCAGUUACCCAGAGAUGGGGUUUUGGGGGGUUUUCUGAAUGGGUUUUCUGAACUUUCUUCAAAUGAGUGCCCUUACUUUUCCCUUUUUCAAAAGUGGUUUCUAAACUGUUACAUUUCUGUGAACUUCUAUUUUCACUGACAAUGUUUGUGCAAUAGAACAAAGGUAGGUUUGCUGUAGGAAGUCCCUCAUGUAAAUGCCAAGGAUAUUUUCAGCACUGUUCUUUCAUACUGUAGUGCUUUCUCUGCCUCCCUUUCCAGCAGCCAGAAUAAAGAGCUUUUUCACUACUAUCUUUUUAUUUGUACUAACUUUAAAUGGAAUUGUAGGAGUGUCUUCACAUCACAACAAAAUGCCCCCACACUGGUUUCACAGGGAAGUCCCAAAAGUGGGAUUUCUAAGCUCUUGGUUGGUUCUUUCACUUCCAUUUGUGUGAAGUCCUUUGAGUAGUUUCUUCUUACAUCUUGUCCCUGUGAAUUGAUCUGAUAUUCUCUUUAUUUACCCUUCUCCAAACUUUCAGCCAUACUACCACUCAGUAUCCCUUUGUUUCUCAGUCACUCCCUGGAGAACUGGCCUUAACCUCUCCAAAUGGAGCAGAAAGCAGUCCCAAAGGGAUCCAGUUUCACACAGAACCCCCUGCUGUGGUGGUGUUUGCAGAAUAUUUGCAAACUAGGGUGUAGCAUAGAGUAGAAGAAGUAACUGUGGCAUGUGGAGAAAUAAACAACAUCCCUUGUGUGUUUAUGCUGUUGUGCAGUUACCUUUUUAAACGUGUUCAGAGUGGUCACUUGGCAUUUCUCUCCUGUCCAGCCACCUUUUUUCUAGUCCUUGGGUUGGUUGGUUUGUUUAAGAGAUCAGUGUGCUAGAUCAUCUCAUUUUUGUGGUAGGAUACCUUGAAAAAA